ACUAUCGAUAUUAAUUUAAAUGCUGUAAUCAAGGGUACACAAUUGGGAAUUCAAUUUUUAAAAAAGCGUGGUGGUGGUGUUAUCAUAAAUACAGGUUUGCAUUCUUAUAUCGGCUUACCAGGGAUCGA